AUGUAUACGAGUGUCCCCACCAAAGAGGAAGCAAUCGCUCUAGCCAAGCAAGUCAAGGAAAUUCACUCUCGCGCUGGGUUUGAGAUGACCAAUUGGGUUUCUAAUUCUCCAGACGUACUUGUAGCUCUGGACGCAUUAGAGGUUCCCGAAAAGAAUUUGAACACGACAAUCGAAGUGGCCAAUGAAAAGGUGCUUGGGAUGUGGUGGUCGACGGAAUCAGAUGUUUUUACCUACAAACUAUUCCUGCAACGCAACAAGGACAUCCUUUCUGGAACGCGACGCCCCACUAAAAGGGAGCUUUUGAGAACCAUGAUGAGUGUUUUUGACCCUCUCGGUCUCAUCGCACACUAUUUGAUGUUUUUGAAGAUGAUUUUGCAGGAGGUCUGGCGGUCUGGAGUGAACUGGGAUGAUUGUAUUGCUGAGCGUGAGUGGGAGAAAUGGAAGAUUUGGUUGCAGUUUCUUCCCUCGCUUGAAAGUUUACGGAUUCCCCGCUGCUACCGUCUGAAAACAUCAGUUAACUCUUCCGUCCAACUCCACACAUUCGUGGAUGCUAGCGAAAAUGGAUAUGCCGCUGUAUGCUAUUUCCGGUUUGAAGAGGAUGGUCAAGUUGAAUGUACGCUGAUUGGAGCUAAAAGUCGUGUCGCACCACUCAAGUUUGUAUCUAUACCGCGCUUGGAAUUACAAGCCGGUAUCAUCGGGGCUCGAUUAGCAAAAGCUGUAGAACAAGGCCAUACGUACAAAAUAUCGAAGCGGUUCUUUUGGACUGAUGCUCGCAACGUUUUGUGCUGGUUGAACUCCGAUCAUCGAAGGUACAGCCAAUUCGUUGCCUUCCGUGUGAGUGAGUUGUUGGAAACAACGGACGUUACCGAAUGGCGAUGGGUGCCAACCAAGUUGAACGUGGCCGACGAAGUCACAAAAUGGAAAUGUGCACCGAGUCUUAAGUAUGAUAGUCGUUGGUUCAACGGCCCCGAAUUUUUGCUGCAACCGGAAGAAGACUGGCCGAAGCUUCCAGCUUUAGAAUCCUCCAACGAAGAACUCCGUCCUAAUUUAUUACACCACCAUGACGUUGAUAAUUGGGUAGUUACACCCGCCAACUUUUCAAGUUGGAAGCGCUUGCUUCAUACCGUGGUAUUUGUAAUGCGAUUCCCAAAGAAUCUGAGAAGAAAGAAAGUGGCAGAAACACCUGCUGUCGGUCCCUUGUGUGCGGAGGAAUUAACCGACGCUGCGAAUUACAUCUAUCGUCGAGCUCAAGAGAACAUUUACGGAGAGGAAAGAAAGUUGCUUGCUAAACCCAAUCGGGCUAAUGGUGCUCCGAUUCUUCCCAAAAGCAGCCCUCUCUACAAAGUUGAACCGUAUCUUGACGAUGCUGGUGUAAUGCGUAUGCGUGGUCGCAUCGGCGGGUGCGAUUUAAUUGAUGAGUCUACAAAACAUCCAGUUAUCCUCCCUCGAAAACAUCAUAUCUAA